AUGGAGAGCAGAAGGAACUGGCUUACAACGAUGAAUGAUGAAGAACUGAAGGUUAAAGCUCAACGGAAUCAAGAAAAUCUGAGGAAGCUUAAAAGACGUCAGAUGUUUAGUCUUAAGAGGGGCUUAGCUGAGCCUGAUGAGGAAGAAAUUAUGGGGAAAGUUGAGUUUCUUAAAAAGAUCCUAUUCAAGAAAUACCAGCAAAAGUUGAUUAAUUAAUGAAGAGUUUUUAUCUCAAAUCAAUCAGAAGCUGAUGAUUCAGGAAGAAAAUAGAGUCAAUAAACAAGUCGUCAAAUAUUUGAUAGAGAAAAAGGAUAUUUUUCAGAUUCUUAAUAAAAUAUGAGAGAAUGUUUCAACUUUACAGGAAGAGAGGACACUUACUUCUGUGUUUGAGUGACUUGAAAUCAUAAGUAUGGCGACUACUGGAGUAAAAACAAGGUACAUUACUGAAUUCACUGAAAAAUCAGACAAAGUAAUGGAGCUUAUGCUUCAAAUCCUUGCAGCAGAAGACUUUUACCCUCAACUCUGACUACAAGUACUUGUUGUUAUUGGAAAUUUUAUGCUUGAGUCUAGAGACAUGUAUAAGGCUAUCACUACCAAGGAAAUCCUAGUCAACGAAAUCGAGUACACAUUCUUAUCAAUAAUUGAAGACUUUAUGAUAAAUUCUGUUUCAAAUUAUUACAGCAAAGACUAUUCCAAUGAAAAUAAUGACUUAAACAAUUUUCUAGAAACUUUGGUUUGGCUACUCGAGAUCAUACUAAAAUCUAUUCCUGAUGAAGAUUGUGAGAUACACAAAGAGACCUUAUACAAAUCUUGACUCGCUACGUUCGCUCUGUUAUUUGACUUUACUAAGACCGAGAUGAUUAACGACACAUCCCAAUAUAAAAUGUUGUAUAUUGAAGAUUCACUUUGCAAAGACUCGAUACUUGAGUUGCUUUGAAUUUUGAUCAAAAAGCCUUUUGGCAUAGAUCCAAAUAUACACCCUUCAAGAUGCUCAACCCCACAUGAAAAGCUUUUACAAAGAGUUGUAUUUUCCCCGUUUGAAUCAUUGAGAGGGUAUUUAGGUGAAAUGAAUGAGGCACCAGCCAAAGUUUAUCCAGGAGCACUAGCUUUCUUAAGUGAUUGAUUCUUGUACACCAAAUAUCUCUAUGAUGAACUUUUUAGUCAGGAAGAAGGCAAGAAAAUAUGUUAAUC